GAUGGAGGACUUGCAACUUCACUCGGUGAGUUGCCGAGUCUCCGCAUAUCUCUCUGGAGCCGGCCUGUUGUGCUGGUGUUUCUAUGACCUGCGGCAACAGCUUCAACGGCAGCGUGCAGAGCUCUGGAAGCAGAUGGCGGUGCCUCUGAGAGUUUGUGCCUACGCGGAGCAGCUGGGAGAAGACAUUCCGGCAGGUUCCGCCAAGGACUGGGGCCCCUGGAAGCUCUGGACCCUCGACAGUGCGGGCGUCGCCGCCGUGCUUUCGAGCGACUUCGCGGGCAGCACCGCGGCGCGGCGCUUCCGGGACGUGGCGCAGCGGGUGCAGUGCCUUUUUGCAGCCAAAGCCUUGCUGUGGGGCAACGACUGGUCCGAGGACCUGCUUGGACCUCUGCCAGCAGAUCGCAGCGCCGACGCGCUGCUGGCGGCCAAUGUGCAGCGAUGCCUACCGAGGUUCCUUCGCUUUUGCCUCAUGGUGAGCCGCAACGCUCCGCUGGACGGCUUCGUAUUCGAAGUGAGAGGUGCCCCGUACUCCCACGACCUGCCAUCCUUCACGGCCACCGUGCGGCGCGUCUUGGCGGCGCUGAGUGCUGCGGACCCGGCGGGGGCCAACUGCUUGGCACGGCGCGUGGCAGGACGAGGAUGGUACUUCCAGUUUGCCCGUGAGCCUAUCUUCGUGACCACCUUUGCCCCGUGUUAUGAUGAAAAGAAUCCGCGGUACCAGUUCCAACAGCACCCGGAGUCCUGUUUCAUCCUGUUUCAACCCGAAGAAUCCUUCCUGCGUCACGACUUGCCCAACGACAAGCCGCGCAGUCAAACCAACUGGGAGCAUCCGGUCGAUGUGCGUGACCGCAUCCGGGCCAACUUCCUCCGACACGGCCGGGAGUAUCGCAUUCCAGAGACCACGUCCUACCCACCGGCUGAGUUCAUUGUGGCGCCGCUGGAUGUGUUGAAGGAUCCCCCGGUGCAUUUCUGGCUUGAGGGAAGCGCUCCCAGCGGGCGGUGA